AUGAUCAAGUUACUGGUAAGUGACACUAUGGAAGUUUGCUGGGUCAUUUCUGUUUCUGGGGUAGUAGCUUUCUUCUUCAGCAAUCUUCCUGAAGUUGUCUCCUUCAUUUGCAAAAGACAAUGUUUGUCAACACGUGACUUUGCAGCAUGCUUCCAUUAUCAGGAAGAGAAGGCAAUUGAAAGAGGAAUUCUUCCCUUGCUCCAACGUGCUACAUUGGUUCAGACUUUUAGACAACAGAAUCAUGUUUGCUUAAAAGAGGGCUCAAUUAUAGUUCCUCCAUAUGCUCCUCCUCAGAAAAUGCAAACCCACCUGAUUCCUGAGAAAACUCCUAGGUCUAUCUUUGUCUACUUCCGAGGAUUGUUUUAUGACGUGGGAAAUGAUCCAGAAGGUGGUUAUUAUGCAAGAGGUGCACUUGCAGCAGUGUGGGAGAACUUUAAGGACAAUCCACUUUUUGACAUUUCCACAGAGCACCCAACCACAUAUUAUGAGGACAUGCAAAGGACCCUUUUUGUUCCAGUGGAU